AUGGCCGACAAGCAACCCUUCAAAGGCGUCGAAAACUACUUCAUAGAUUCUAUGCUGUACCAAGACCCCGACGAGCCACCGAUCGAAGAACUAGAGAGUGGCAACGAGGCGGAUAGCGAACCUGAGUACGGCGACAGCCUAAUCCUAAAUGACUUCGAGUCAAUUGCAUUUGAGGACAUCAAAGCUUAUCUCUCGAACCCGCCUGUCCUUGUGGCUCUGAUAUCAGGAAAGCCGUUCCUCAUCUACAUACGGGCUAUGGAUCAUUCUCUAGGCGCCCUCCUGGCACAGAAUGACGACGCAGGCCAUGAGCAAGGCAUUUAUUAUCUGAGUAGAACCUUGCAAGGCGCCGAGCAGCGGUACCCGAUGGUCGAAAAGGAAUGUUUGGCCUUAGUGUUCGCCAUCCAAAAGAUGCGGCACUACCUGGUCGGCCAAACAAUCCACGUCAUUUCCCGGAUGAACCCCAUCCAGGUUUUCAUGACACAACCCGCGACGUUAAACUGGCAUCUGGCCAGGUGGGCACUCUUGCUGUCUCAGUAUGACAUCCACUUUAUGCCACAAAAGUCAGUCAAAGGACAGGCCAUCUGCGAUCUUAUGGCUAGUCACCCGCUGGGAGCGAAGACCGACCUAUUUGAGGACUUGCCAGAUGAACCCCCCGAAGCCAACGUAACUUCGUUACCAGAGGUGUGGCAGAUGUUCUUCGACGGCGCAUCUCGCGUAGGCACGAGCGGCUCUAUUAUUGCAGGAGUAGGGGUAGUCCUCACUUGUCCACAUGGCCACGUGUUGCCCCGAGCCUUUUCUUUGACAGAGCCAUGCACCAACAACGUGGCUAAGUACAAUGCGUUACUCAUCGGGCUUGAGUUGGCAAAAGAGUUAGAGAUAAAUCAUCUAGAGGCUUACGGCGACUCCCUUCGAGGAUCCGAUGGAAGACUAGGAGAAGGAGCUUGCGUCUCGGGCACCUCGGAUUCAUCUAUACCCACAUCAAAACCCUCGGUGUCUUCGGCUGGAUCCUCCGAAAACCACUCCCUAGCAGGGGAUAUAUAG